AUGCCGACCUCCUACGCGGACGGCGGCGAGGCCAGGCGGCGGCCCGGCAAGGCGGCGCCGGACGCCACCAAGUGGGCCGCCGCCAGCCGCUCCUUCUCGCGCCCACCCACUGGCAGGUGGGGACUGGCCAAUGGGAGCAGGACACCCAUCCGCAGCCGCGGCUCGAUGCGCGAUCUGAUGGACGCCGCGAUGAGCCCCGUCGCGGGAACCCCGGAAGCCGCCAGCCCGCGCGCCGCCGACGGCUCUGCCGUGCCGCCGCUGGCGUCGCUCGCCAAGCCGUCGUCGUCAGGCGAUCUUUCGUCGCUUGGCGACGCGAACAGCGACAUUCCGUGGUGGUCCGUCGCUCUGCCGCUCGACUCCUCGGGCGGUGCCGCGUCGCCGCUCUUCUCCCCGCUUCUCUCGCCGUUGCCCGGCAAUUCCGGGUUGGGCGGCGAGGGCUUCGCGCUGUAUGGCGACUUGGGGCGGCUGGACGGCGAGUGGGACAGCCCCGAGGGGCGCCGCCAGUCAGACGUGUCCGUCGCCGGUGCUGCGGACGACGACGCUGGCGACGCUGCUGCUGCUGACGUCACACAAGGUGCGCGAGGUGGCGGUGCGGUUGGGGUGGGAGCAGCGGCGGGAGAAGGUUGGGGCGACGAGGCUCUCGGUAGCCGCGGCAGUGACGACCAUGUCGCUGCUGCCAGCGCGGCCAGAGGUACGAGUGAUGCCGGCGUGGCGCGCAGCAGCAGCAGCAGCGCGUGGGACGCGUGCGACGGCGACAUGAGCAGCAGCGGUGCUGCGGCGGGAAGGGGCGUGGGGGCGGACGUGCGAUCCCCCGCGAGUGGUGGGGAGGGCCGCGCGGAAGGGCGCGCGGAGGAGCACGCGGAGGCUGCUUGCCCUCACCCGGCGGAGACGCGGCAGGCGGAGGGCGCAGCAGCGGAGGCGGUGCAGGCAGAUUCAGUGCAGCCCGUGGUGAUAGAGGCGGUGCAAGAAGGCAGCGGGGCGAGUGGGGGUGAGCGGGAGCAGGUGGGCGGCGAGGCGAGUGGCGAGGCGGGUGCAGCGGGGCUGCAGAGGCGCUACCCCAGCUUCCGCGUGCGCGGCCAUGCGCCGGACAGCAGCGCGCAGGACCGCGAGCUUGUGCAGGCACCCGCCUUACCCGCGGCAGGGGCUGCUGCUAGGCCGGGCGUGAUGGUGGGGCAGAAGGGCGUGCUGCAGCUGUGGUCGCCCGGCAGCUCCCCCUCAGAUGUGUCCCCCUCCGCCCUCGCUGCCUCUGCCGCCGUGGCAGCAGCAGCAGAAGCAGCUGUCCGUGCGGCGGACACUGGCAGCGCCAGUGGCGAUGCCAUGGACAGCGCGGGAGCAUGGCGGCCCACCGCGCAUGUGGACGGCUCACCUCUCCCCGCAGGUGCCUUGUCAGUGGCGGCAGCAGCAGAGACGAGGUCCAAGCGCCGCCAUCCCAAGGCACCCGCAGCAGCAGCAGUGGCGGCAGCGGCAGGGGGGCCAUCAGCGGCGUCCCCGCGGGGGGCGUGGCGCAGCGCGGAGGCGAGGAGCAGCCGGCGGCGGCGCAGGGCGCAGCAGAGGCGGGCGGGCGCGCGCGGGGCGAGCGGGUCGUCGGGGGAGUCGGACGAUGACUUCUGGGGCGUGGGGCAAAGCGAGGGGCGCGCGGAGGGGCAGACGGAGGCGGACGGGGUCCAUGGGGCCGUGGGGGGGCUGCCUACAGGGGUGGUGGCGCCGUGUGAGAGCAGCGCUGCUGCUGCUGCUGCUGGUGCUGGUGCUGGUGCUGGUGGUGGUGGUGUUGAUACAGGCAGUGAUGGGCGUGGCAGUGCGGGUGCAGCUGUGGAGGCAGCGAGUGGCAUGGCGGAGUGCAGCAGCGUGGAGUUGCGGCAGGGAGGGAGCAGCGACGCGACAGCAGGGCGCAUGGCAGCUGAUGGUGCUGCCGUGCCAUGUGACGAGUCUCAGCAGCCGGCCCCCUCCGCUGCACGCACGCCGUCUCGCUUCGCGUCCCUCAGGCAGCGCUGGGAGCACGGCGGCGCUGCUGCUGAUGGUGGUGCUGCUGACAGCGAUGGGGAUGGUGAUGGCAACGCGCGUGACAGCCAGGGACACGGUACACCACGGCAGCAGCAGGCGCAGGGAGAGGGAGAGCGAGAGGGAGAGGGAGGGGGAGGGGGAGGGGGCGGCAAGCAGCGUGCAGGGGGGGUGGGUGGGGAGUGGCAGAGGCAGCAGGGUGCAGGGUUGGGGGCAGGGGUGGGGGCGCGAGGGGCAGCAGGUGGGGGAGGGUGGGUGGGGAGAGGGGCCGCAGAGGGCAGUGCGCCUGGCGGGCAGGCAAGGGCGGGUGGAGGCGGAGGGGGGCGCGUGGCGGAGCUGAGGGCGCGCUUGGCGGGGGGAGCAUGGGGGCAGGGGGCGGGAGCAGCACGAGGGGCAGGGGGCUGGGCGGGUGACGCGGUGGCGCUAGCAGCUGCGGCAGGGGAUGGGGACGGGCAAGCGAAUGGGGAGAGGGGAGGGGCGCGGGCAGGAGGGGGCAGCAACGUGGUGGUGCUGACGUGCCCGCAGGUGGGCCGGCAGCAGCGGCAGCAGGGCGAUGAAGCUGCUGGCGGCGCUGGUGGCAGUGACAAUGGUGAUGGUGGUGGCAGUGGCGGCCAUGCGGGUGGCGCAGCAGCGGAGUGCACGGUGCACCUCAUUGGCACGGCGCACGUCUCCAAGGUGGUGUUCCUGGAGGUGUGCUCCGACCGCGUCGCCAUGCUCAUGCCCAUGGACCACCUGCAGCUGCCAUCACUGGCGGAGCUCAUGGCGGUGUGGCGCAGCAACAAGUCCAACUCCUUCGCGCUGCUCUACGGCUACCUGCUCGCCAAGCCCCCCUCGCUCGCUCGCUGCCAUGGUAACGUGCCCCGCCCUCUUUCAGACUCAGAGCGCGUGUCUCCCCCCUCCCCCCGGCAGGUGGCGGCGCGCAUGGAGGUGUGUCCCGGGGCGGAGUUCCGAGCGGCGUACGAGGAGGCCGUGGCGUGUGGCGCUGUCGUCAAACUCGGCGACCGCCCCGUGCAGGUGGGUGGGGGUGCUUGGGGUUGUUGCUUGCAGGGGAAGCGUGCAGGUGGGUUUGGAAAGAGGGGAGCGUGCAGGAGGGGAGGGGGGGGCGAGCAGGUGGGGAGGGGGGGUGUGCAGGUGGGGAGGGGGGGGCGAGCAGGUGGGGAGGGGGGGUGUGCAGGUGGGGAGGGGGGGGGCGAUCAGGUGGGGAGGGGGGGUGUGCAGGAGGGGAGGGGGGGGCGAGCAGGUGGGGAGGGGGGGUGUGCAGGUGGGGAGGGGGGGGCGAGCAGGUGGGGAGGGGGGGUGUGCAGGUGGGGAGGGGGGGGCGAGCAGGUGGGGAGGGGGGGUGUGCAGGUGGGGAGGGGGGGGCGAGCAGGUGGGGAGGGGGGGUGUGCAGGAGGGGAGGGGGGGGCGAACAGGUGGGGAGGGGGGGUGUGCAGGUGGGGAGGGGGGGGCGAGCAGGUGGGGAGGGGGGGUGUGCAGGAGGGGAGGGGGGGGCGAGCAGGUGGGGAGGGGGGGUGUGCAGGUGGGGAGGGGGGGGCGAGCAGGUGGGGAGGGGGGGUGUGCAGGAGGGGAGGGGGGGGCGAACAGGUGGGGAGGGGGGGUGUGCAGGUGGGGAGGGGGGGCGAGCAGGUGGGGAGGGGGGGUGUGCAGGUGGGGAGGGGGGGGCGAGCAGGUGGGGAGGGGGGGUGUGCAGGUGGGGAGGUGGGGCGUGCAGGUGGGGAUGGGGGGUGUGCAGGUGGGGAGGGGGGGGCGAGCAGGUGGGGAGGGGGGGUGUGCAGGAGGGGAGGGGGGGGCGAGCAGGUGGGGAGGGGGGGUGUGCAGGUGGGGAGGGGGGGGCGAGCAGGUGGGGAGGGGGGGUGUGCAGGAGGGGAGGGGGGGGCGAACAGGUGGGGAGGGGGGGUGUGCAGGUGGGGAGGGGGGGCGAGCAGGUGGGGAGGGGGGGUGUGCAGGUGGGGAGGGGGGGGCGAGCAGGUGGGGAGGGGGGGUGUGCAGGUGGGGAGGUGGGGCGUGCAGGUGGGGAUUGGGGGUGUGCAGGUGGGGAGGUGGGCCGUGCAGGUGGGGAGGUGGGGCGUGCAGGUGGGGAGGGGGGGCCGAGCAGGUGGGGAGGGGGGGUGUGCAGGUGGGGAGGGGGGGGCGAGCAGGUGGGGAGGGGGGGUGUGCAGGAGGGGAGGGGGGGGCGAACAGGUGGGGAGGGGGGGUGUGCAGGUGGGGAGGGGGGGCGAGCAGGUGGGGAGGGGGGGUGUGCAGGUGGGGAGGGGGGGGCGAGCAGGUGGGGAGGGGGGGUGUGCAGGUGGGGAGGUGGGGCGUGCAGGUGGGGAGGGGGGGUUUGCAGGUGGGGAGGUGGGGCGUGCAGGUGGGGAGGGGGGGUGUGCAGGUGGGGAGGUGGGCCGUGCAGGUGGGGAGGUGGGGCGUGCAGGUGGGGAGGUGGGCCGUGCAGGUGGGGAGGUGGGGCGUGCAGGUGGGGAGGUGGGGCGUGCAGGUGGGGAGGGGGGGGCGUGUGAGGGGCGGCUGCAUGCCCAAGUGGAAGGCAACGAGUUGUUGGCAGCCAUUCACCACGACGCCGCUUGCCCUUCAACGCCCCUCUAUCCCCCCUCCUCCUCCCCCUCCCCCUCCUCCCUCUCCUCUACCUGGCGUGCAUGGCAUGACAUGGCAUGGCAUGGCAUGGUGACGCUGAGGCGCACGUGGGCCAUGAUGAGCCGCUGGCACCGAGUGAAGCUGGUGGCAAUGCUGCUGCUGCAGGCGCUCUGGCUGCCCUCCAAGGCUGAGCUCGACCACCUCGUGGAGGAGCUCAAGUCGUCGGACCUGCUGUCACUCGCCGUGGCGGAGAUGGGCCGUGCCUUCCCCUCGCUGCUGCACACCCUCAUCCACGAGCGCGACCUGUACAUGGCGUGCAUGCUGCGGCACGUGGCCAAGAGGAGCUUGCGCGUGGUGGCGGUGGUGGGCAAGGGGCACGUGGCGGGCAUCACCGCCCACUGGACGCGCACCGACAUUGAUGUGAGCGCACCGACAUUGAUGUGA